AUGCCCAAGGGCUGUAGUCCUGAUAGUGGGUCAGCCCCAAAAUUCCCAGUACACCCUAUAGCAGGAGGCCCAGCUACAGAGCUCUGGGUCCCACCCAGUCCAGGCCCCACCAUGGACUGUGAGUAUGAGAUGGGCCACGUGCGCAAGCUGCAGGCCCGGCAUAUGCAGAUGCAGGAAAAGACUUUCACCAAGUGGAUCAACAAUGUCUUCCAGCACGGCCAGGUGGGUAUCAGAAUCCAGAACCUAUAUUCAGAGCUGUCUGAUGGCACCCACCUACUGCGGCUGCUGCAGCUCAUCUCAGGGGAGGUGCUGCCGCCCCCUAGCCAGGGCCGCCUGCGUGUCCACUUUCUGGAGAACAGCAGCCGCGCGCUGGCCUUCCUCAAGUCCAAGGUGCCAAUACCCCUCAUCGGGCCAGAGAACAUCGUGGAUGGAGACCAGACGCACAUCCUGGGGCUCAUCUGGGUCAUCAUUCUGCGUUUCCAGAUUUCCCACAUCUCCUUGGACAGGGAGGAGUUUGGGGCCAGUGCAGCCCUGCUAUCGGCCAAGGAAGCUCUGCUGGUCUGGUGCCAGCGGAAGACAGCCCGCUACAACAACGUGAACAUCAUCAACUUCUCCCACAGCUGGAGCAAUGGGCUAGGCUUUAACGCCCUCAUCCACGCCCACAGGCCAGACCUGUUGGACUAUAGCUCCCUGCAUCCGGACCGGCCGCUGCACAACCUCGCCUUUGCUUUCCACAUAGCUGAGCAGGAGCUGGGCAUUGCCCAGCUGCUGGACCCUGAGGAUGUGGCAGCCCCACAGGCAGACGAGCGCUCCAUCAUGACCUAUGUCUCCCUCUACUACCACUGCUUCUCCCGCCUGCACCAGGGCCAGACUCUCCAGAGAAGACUCACUAAGAUCCUGCUUCAGCUCCAGGAGACAGAGGCAUUGCAGACCCAGUAUGAGCAGCUGGUGACUGACCUGCUGCACUGGAUUGCAGAGAAGCAGGUGCAGCUGGAGGCACAGGCUCUCCCAGACUCACUGCCUGCAGCGCGCCGGCUACUAGCAGCCUUUGCCUCCUUCCGCACCCAGGAGAAGCCACCUCGGCUACAACAGCGAGGGGCCACAGAGGCUCUGCUCUUCCAGCUGCAGACAGCACUGCGAGCUCAGAACCGCAGGCCCUUCCUGCCUCGUGAGGGCCUGGACACAGGGGAGCUGUCCCAGCGCUGGGCAGAGCUGGAGCGGGCAGAGGCCAUAUGGAGCCAGGCCCUGCAGCAGAAGCUACUGCAGCUGGAGCGGCUGGAAACCCUGGCUCGGCGCUUCCAGCGCAAGGCAGCCCUCCGGGAGAGCUUCCUAAAGGACACAGAGCAGGUGCUAGAGCAGUCUAGAGCCCUGCCAGCCAGCCCAGCCACAGUGGAGGCAGCCAUCCAGAGGCUAGGUGUGCUGGAGGCUGGCAUCCUGUCCCAGGAGGGACGCUUCCAGGCCCUGGCUGAGAUUGCAGACAUCCUCCAGCAGGAACGGUACCACAGCUGGGCAGAGGUGGCCUGCAGGCAGGAAGAGAUCACCUUGCGCUGGCAGAGGCUCCUUCAGCGCCUACAGGAACAGAGGAAGCAGGUGGCAGGUAUGCAAGCUGUGCUGAGCCUACUGCAGGAGGUAGAGGCUGCCUCCAACCAGCUCAAGGAGCUACAGGAGCUGGCCAGCUCCACUUCCUGUGGGCAGCAGCUGGCAGAGACAGUGGAGCUAUUGCAAAGGCAUGACUUGCUGGAGGCCCAAGUCUCAGCCCAUGGGGCCCAUGUGAGCCAUCUUGUCCAGCAGACGACAGAGCUGGACUUCUCCCUGGGCACCAGUGUGGAGGUGCUGCAAGCCAAGGCCAGGGUUCUGACCCAGCUGCACCAGAGCCUGGUGACUCUUGUCCAAGCCCGGCGGGUCCUACUGGAGCAGACGCUGCAGCGGGCAGAGUUCCUGCACAGCUGUGAGGAGGAGGAAGCCUGGCUAAAGGAGCGCACGCAGCAGGUGGAGAAUGCCGUCUGGGGCCAAGAUCUCAGCCAAAUGGCAAAUGCCCUGCAGAAACACAAGGCCCUAGAAGCUGAGCUCCAUCGCCACCAAGCCGUGUGUGCAGAACUUGUGCGAAGGGGGCGCGACCUCGGUCUUCGCGGGUGCCCGACGCAGCGGGAUCUCCGGGAACGCGCCGAGGCGGUGCAGGGCGCAGGGCAGCUGCUCCGGAGCCGAGCGGCGGGGCGGGGCGCGCAGCUGCAGACAGCCCUGCUGGUCCGGCAGUACUUGGCAGAAGCGGCAGAAGCGACCAUGUGGCUGCAAGAGCAGCGGUACUCGAUGGAGAGCUCAUCCUGCGGGGAAGACCUGGAAGCAGCCGAGGGGCUGCUGCUGCGUCAUGUGCGGCUGGAGCGCGCUGUGCGGGCCUUUGCCAUCGAACUGCGGCGAUUGGACGAGCAGGCGCGGGUGGCCGCGGCCCGGGCGUCGCUCACGGUGAUGUCUGCCGUAAGCCCUCCCAGAGAAAGCCUCAGGAACCCAGGGGACUGGAAUGAGGCUUCCUGGAAGAUGGCCCUCCCAGUGGAGCCUGACCCUGCCCCUGACUCCAACACCAUACUCCAAACACAGGACUGCUUAAGCCAGGACUACGAAGGCCUGAGGGCCUUGGCAGAGCUCCGAAAGGCCCAACUGGAGGAGAAGGUGGCCCUGUUUGGCUUCUAUAGCUCCUGUGUGGAGCUGCAGUCAUGGCUGGAGGAGCAGACAGUGCUGUUCCAAACAUUACAGCCCCAGGCUGACAACCUGGAGGUCAUGCAGUUCAAAUACAAGAACUUCCUCAGGGCCCUGGCCAUAGGAAAGGGCCACUGGGCUGAGGUCAGCAGCUCUGCUGAGCAACUGAAGCAAAGAUGUCCUGGGGACUCCACAAAAAUCCAACAGCAACAGGACAAACUGGGCAGGAGGUGGGGGCAGCUAGAGGCCCUAAAGAAGGAGAAGGCCAUGCAGCUGGCACACAGCAUAGAAGCAUGCAGUUGUCUGCAGGAGUGUGGGCCCACACAGGACCAGCUGCAGGGUUUGGUGCUCCAGCUGGACGCCCUGGAGCUGGGGAGCACUGAGGACACCCACCGCAGCCUGCAACUGGCCCAGCAGAAGAUCCUAGCACUGGAGAGGAGGGUCCACUACCUCCAAAGCGUGGCUGUAAAGGUCAAGGACUCGGGCCCCUCAGAGAGCCAGCCACUGCAGAAACAAGUGGAGACGCUGCAGGGGUUGCUGGAGCAAGUACAGAGGCGAGUGGCCCAACAGGCUCGGGUCCAGGCUGAGGCUCAGGCCCAGCAACACUUCCUACAAGAGAGUCGGCAGCUGCUGCUGUGGGCAAAGGGUGUCCAGGCUCAGCUGUACAGCAAGGAGGAGCUGGUGGACGUGGCCUCAGCUCAGAGGCUGCUGGGGGCUCACCAAGACCUGCUGGAGGACAUCCAUCUGCAGCAGGAAAGAAUGCAACAGUUGGAGGCUCAGAGCCAGCCCAUGGCAUCUGUGGACUCCCCAGAAGCCCUAGAGGUGGUCAGUGCUUGGAGGCUCCUGGGCCAGCAAGGCCGGGAGCUGCAGGCCGCUUGGGAGCAGAGGCAGCAGUGGCUACAGGAGGGGCUGGAGCUGCUGAGAUUUGGCCAAGAAGUGGAUGGUUUCACUGCCACCUGUGCCAACCAUGAGGUCUUCCUGCACCUGGACCACCUUGGGGAGGACGCACAGGAGGCUCAGAACCUGUUGCAGCAGCACCGGGAGUUUGGGCAGCUCCUGGGUAUCCUGGGCCCUCGAGCAGAGGGUCUGUGGGUACAUGGUGAAAAGCUGGUCCAGAGCCAACACCCCGCUGCACACAAGAUCAGAGAGCAGCUGCGGGGUGCCCAGGCGCAGUGGACCAGGCUUCAGGAAAGGAGUGGGCAGAGGGGGCAGCAGCUGCUGGCAUCCCUCCAGCUCCAGGAAUGGAAGCGGGAUGUGUCAGAGCUGAUGCUGUGGCUGGAGGGGAAGGGGCUGAUGGCAGUGGAUGAGCCCUCCCACAUGGCUGGCAGCACCCUGCAGAAACUCAGGCGGCACAGAGCAGCUGAGAGUGAACUGAUGGCCAGCCGUGGAUACAUGGAGCACCUGCAGCAGGCUGGCAGAGAGCUGCUGAGCAGCAGGCCCCAUGGCUGGGAGGACAUACAGUCCCAGCUUUGGGGCCUGAGCAGCAAGUGGAAAGAGCUGACCUGCAGGAUGGCAGAGUAUGGAGACAAGCUCCAGCAGGCGGGACAGCAGGAGCAGCUCCUGAGGCAGCUGCAGGAUGCAAAGGAGAAGAUGGAGCAGCUCGAGGGUGCCCUGCAGAGCACAGAAACAGGGCAGGACCUGCGCUCGAGCCGGAGCCUGCAGGCACGGCACCGCCAACUGGAAAGCAAGAGCCAGGCACUGGCUGCCCAGCUGGCUACCCUUGUCUCCCAGGCCCGUGGUGUGGGCACUUCCCAGGUCAUCCUGGACGAAUCCCAGAAGUGCCUCCGGAGGUCCGAGUCCCUGCAGGAACAUCUGGCCACCUGGGGCCUGCAGCUGCAGGCCUCGGUUGAGCUGUACCAGUUCUGCCACCUGAGCACCAUGGAGCUCAAAUGGGUGACUGAGCAUAUGCCCUGUGGCAGUCCCACCCACUAUGUCAAGUUCUUGGGUGAUACCAAGAGCCUUCACAUCAAGCACAAGGGGCUCCAGGCUGAGGUGAGAGCUCACCAGGGCCAGGUGCAGCGGGUACUGGGUUCUGGCCGGAGCCUGGCAGCCUCCGGGCACCCCCAAGCCCAGCGCAUCACAGAACAAUGCUGCAAGCUGGAGGGCCGCUGGGCAGAGCUGGAGCAGGCAUGUGAGGCACAGGCCCGGUGCCUGCAGCAGGCUGUCACCUUCCAGCAGUACUUUCUGGAUGUCUCAGAGCUGGAGGGCUGGGUGGAGGAGAAGUGGCAGCUGGUCAGCAGUCAGGACUAUGGCAGAGAUGAGGCAUCCACCUUCAGGCUCAUUAAGAAGCACCAGGCCCUACAGCAGGAACUAGGUCUCUAUUGGAGCUCUGUGGAGGAGCUUGACCAGAGGGCCCAAACCCUUGCUGGCCCUGAAGCCCCAGAGCAGCUGGGCGUGGCACAGCAGAGGAUCCAGGAGAGGCUGCGGGCACUGCAGGAGCUGGCAGCCAAACGGGACCAGGAGCUGAAGGGGACCCUGAAGCUGCAUGAAUUCAUGCGGGAGGCUGAGGACCUGCAGAGCUGGAUGGUCAGCCAAAAGCAGGCAGCCAAAGGAGCAGAGAGCCUCGGGGAGGACCACGGGCACGUUCUGCACCUCUACACCAAGUUUGUAAAGUUUCAGCACCAGGUGGAGAUGGGCAGCCAGCGGUUGGCAAACUGCAGACAGCUAGCAGAGAGCCUGCAGGAAUGUGGGCACAGUGCUGCCCCCAAGGCCCAUCAGAGGCAGCAGGACCUGCAGGCUGCCUGGUUGGAGUUGUGGGAGCUGACCCAGGCCCGGGGCUGCCUGCUCCAAGAUGCUGAGACGACUCUCAGAGUUCACAGAGAUCUGUUGGAAGUCCUCACCCAGGUCCAGGAGAAAGCCACAAGCCUCCCCAGUGAUGUGGCCCAGGACCUGCAUGGGGUGGAGGCCCAGCUGAGGAGACAUGAGGUGCUGGAGCAUGACCUGGCAGUCACUGAGCAUCAGCUGCAGGAGCUGCUGGAGACUGCAGACAGGGUGCAGAAGCUAAAUGGGGGGCCUCAGGCCCAGGCCGUGCAGCAGAGGCAGCAAGCUGUGAUGCAGGCCUGGGCGGCCCUGCAGCAGCGCGUGGAGCAGCACAGGGCCCAGCUGGAGGGUGCGCACCUCCUGGCCCGCUUCCGUGCCGCGGUGCAGGACUAUGCCUCCUGGGCAGCCCAUGUACAACGGGAGCUGCAGGUGGAGAGCUCCCAGGACCCACACCGGGCAGAACUGGAGGCCCAGGAGGAGCUGCAGCAGCGGGCUACCCAGCUGGGCCAGCAGGCGCUUUUGGCUGCAGGAACACCUGCCAAGGAAAUCCAGGAAGGGCUGCGGGCCCUGCAGGAGCAGCGGGCCCAGGUGUUCCAGGCCUGGGCGCAGAAGCAAGAGAGGCAACGGACCAAGCAGCAGGAGGAGCGCUUCCUCAGAGAGUGCAGCCACCUGGAUGAGACCCUCACAGCACAGGAGGUCUCCCUGAAAACCAGUGGCCUGGGGAGCUCAGUGGAGGAAGUAGAGCAGUUGAUCCACAAGCAUGAGGUCUUCCAGAAGGUGCUGACUGCCCAGGACAAGAAGGAGGUGGCUCUCCGUAAGCAGCUGAAGUCACUGCAGGGCCCCAGGCUGCAGAGCUCACUUCACAGCGUGCUGGAGCACCGGGCUCGAGUGAAGGACCUGGCAGAGAGCCGGCACCAUGCCUUGCAUACCUCCCUGCUGGUAGCCAGCUUCACCAGGGCCGCCACACAGGCUGAGGAAUGGAUCCAGGAGCGGGUCCAGCAGCUGAAAGAGCCAAUCCCUUCUGGGGACCUGAGAGAGAAGUUGAAGCACCUGCUGAGACACCAGGCCUUUGAAGCCGAGGUUCAGGCCCAUGAGGAGGUCGUGACCUCUGUAGCCAAGAAGGGUGAGGCGCUCCUGGCACAGAGCCACCCUCAGGUAGGAGAGGUCUCCCAGAGGCUACAGGAGCUGCAGAAGCACUGGGAGAAGCUGAGGCAGGCAGUGGCUCUCCGGGGCCAGGACCUUGAGGACAAGCGGAAUUUCUUAGAGUUUCUGCAAAGAGUGGAUCUCGCAGAGGCCUGGAUCCAGGAGAAGGAGGUGGUGCUGCAUAUUGGUGACACGGGCCAGGACCUUGAGCACUGCCUGCAGCUCUGCAGGAGGCUCCGCGAGCUCCGAGGAGCCUCGGCAAGGGACAUGGCAUGUGAUGCCUACAUCAGGAGGAUCAAUGACCUGUCACUGCAGCUCAAGAACCAGGACCCUGAGGAAGUCAAGACUAUCUUCCAGCGGCAAAGCCAGCUCAACAGCAGGUGGGCGAGUUUCCGUGGCAACCUGCUCCGGUACCAGCAGCAGCUGGAAGAGGCUCUGGAGAUACAUACGUUGUCCCGAGAGCUAGACGAGGUCACAGAGCAGAUCAGGGAGAAGGGUGCCCUGACCCAGGCCCUGGACCGUGGGGAGGACCUAGAGAGCGUGCAGAGGCUAUUGCGGAGGCACGAACUGCUGGAGCAGGAGCUGGGCCCCACCCAGGCCCAGGUGGAGUUCCUGGAGCGUGAGGUAGGCCGCCUCUGCCAGAGGAGCCUGGGGGCAGCCCACAGCCUCAGUCACAAACAGCAGAAGAUGAUGGACAGCUGGAGGCAACUCCAGAGUGGGAUGCAGAAGUGGAGGGAGUCGCUGAAUGCCUCGUACCGAGCUCAGAAACUCCAGGCAACACUGCAGGAAUUGCUGCUCCAGGCCCGCAGGCUACAGGCCGAGAUGGACACGCGUGGCACUCCCUGCAGUCCUGCAGAAGCACAACACAUGUUAGAGGAGCACCAGGAGCACAAGGCUGAGCUGGACUCCUGGACAGACAGCGUCAGCCUGGCCCAAAGCACUGGGCAGCACCUGCUGGUAGCUGGUAGCCUGCCCACUCCUGACAUUCGCCAGGCCCUGGCUAGUCUAGAACAGGAGCAGAGCAGCCUGCAGGGGGCCUGGCAGGAGCAUCAGCAGCAGCUGCAGCAGGCCCUGGAGCUACAGCUGUUUCUGAACUCUGUGGAGGAGAUGGAACGUUGGCUACGCAGCAAGGAAGCCUCCCUGGCCAGCAAGGGUCUGGGGGACCCCUCAGCCAAUGUGGAGACCCUACUUUGGAAGCACAAGAUGCUUGAGCAGGACCUGGAGGCACAGGUGGAACAGAUCAGCAUCCUAGAGGCCAAAGCCCACAGCUUACACCAAUGUGGACACCCUGAGGCCCCACAUGCCCUGGGAAGAUUCCAAGCCAUGCUCCUCAGGAAAGAGGCGUUCCUGGGGCAGGCCAGCACCCACCGCCGCCAGCUGGAGGAGCUGCAGCAGCUGCAGAAUUUCCUGCGGGAUGCCACUGAGGUGGCCAUGUGGCUGAGGGAGAAGAACCUGGUGGCCUUGGAAGAGGGUUGGCAGGACCCAGCCAUGCUGCAGGCGCAGUUGCGGAAGCAGCAGAGUUUCCAGGUGGAGCUGGAUGCGAGCGUGCACCAGCAACAGGAGCUCCAUAUGGAGGGGCAGAGGCUGCUGCAGUGGGGCCACCCAGCUUCAGAGACCAUCCAGGAGCGGCUGCAGGAGCUGAGAGGGAUCUGGGGUGAGCUGCAGGCCAAUUGCCAGAGGAAGGCGGCCAAGCUGCAGGAGGCCUGCAAGGCACUGUAUCUGCGGAGGGGCUUGGAGGAAAUGGAGAGCUGGCUGGAGCCUGUGGAGGUCGAGCUGAGAGUCCCUGUCAGAGACCAGGCCCUGCCUGAGAUGGAUGAGCUCCUGGAAGCGCAGGGGGAGCUGGAGGCAGCAGUGGACAGGCAGGCCAGGCGGGCACAGGCCUUGGUACAGGAAGGCCACUGCCUCACCCAAGACUCAGAUGAGCAGGCCCGGCGGCUGCAGCGGAGGUUCCUGAGCCUGCGGGAGCUGCUGCAGGAGCGUAGGACAGCCCUGGAGGCCCGGAGCCUCCUCUUGCAGUUCUUCAGGGACGCAGAUGAGGAGAUGGCCUGGGUGCAGGAGAAGCUGCCCCUGGCCACCUCCCAGGACUGUGGCCAGAGUCUGAGUGCUGUCCAGCAGCUGCAGGAGAAGCACCAGAACUUGGAGAGUGAGAUGAGUGGCCACGAGGCUCUGAUCCGGGCAGUGGUGGGCACAGGGCACAAGUUGGUGCGAGCUGGACACUUUGCCACCCAAGAGGUGGCUGCCCGGGUGCAGCAGCUGGAGAAAGCCAUGGAGCGCCUGCAGGCGGCAGCAGCAUGGAGGAGGCUGCGGCUGCAACAGGCUCAGGAGGCCCAGCAGUGUCUCCUGGAGCUCCUAGAGGCAAGAUCCUGGCUGGCCGAACGGGGCUCUGUCCUGGACAGUGAGGACAUGGGCCACACUGCUGAGGCUACACAAGCCCUUCUGCGGCGGCUAGAGGCCACCAGGAGAGACCUGGAGGGGUUCAGCCUACGGAUCGAGCAGCUGCAACAGACGGCAACACUCCUAGAGAGCAAGCAGAACCCAGAAAGCCCUGAGGUGCUAGCCCAGCUACAGGCGGUGAGAAAGGCCCACAGGGAGCUCUUGCAGGGUGCGAAGGACAGGGGGCGAGGCCUGCGGGAGCAGCUGCAGCUGCACCAGCUGCAGCGGGAGAGCUUCCUCCUGGAAGCCUGGCUGACCACCAGGGUGGCCACCGCUGAGUCCCAAGACUACGGGCAGGACCUGGAGGGCGUCAAGGUCCUGGAAGAAAAGUUUGAGGCUUUCAGAAAAGAAGCCCAGAGCCUUGGGCAGGCCAAAGUGCAGGCCCUGAGGGAGCUGGCGGACACCCUGGAACGGGAAGCACCUGGGUGCUGUUCUCAUAUUCAAGCCCAAAGGAGCCACGUUGAGGCCAUGUGGGAGAGGCUAGGCAAGGCAAUAAAGGCCCGCGCAGAGAAUCUGGCUACAGCCCACCAGGUCCACAGCUUUCAGCAGGUGGUAGCAGAACUCCAGUGCUGGGUACAGGAGAAAAUGGCCCUGAUGGAGGGAGAUGACCAAGGCCAUAGCCUGUCAUGUGUGCAGAACCUGCAGCAACAACACAGGCGUCUAGAGAGGGAACUGGCAAUUAUGGCAAAAGAAGUGGCACAGGUGCAGAUGGAAGCCUGCUGCCUGGGGCAGCGACAGCCCAUGGCUCAGGGGGCCCUGGCAGAGCAGCUGGCCAAGGUGGAGGAGGCCUGGGCCACCCUAGAGGUGAAGGCCCGGGAGCGGGCCCAGUGGCUGGCACAGGCCAUGCAGGGCCAUGCCUUCCUUGGGCGCUGUCGGGAGUUGCUAGCAUGGGCUCAGGAGAGGCAGGUGCUGGCAUCUUCUGAGGAGGUGGCUAGGAACUUGGCAGGGGCUGGGCAGCUCCUGGGGCAGCAUGAAGAGCUAGGGCGAGUAAUCAUGGAGCACUGCCUACAAGCCCAGGACAUGCUACGGGAAGGGCAGCAGCUGGUGGACAACGGCCACUUCAUGUCCCAAGAGGUGACUGAGUGUCUACAGGAGCUGGAAGGGCAGCUUCAGGAGUUAGAGAAGGCCUGGGCUCUGCACCAGCAACACCGCAAGGAAAGUCAGAGCCUGCAGCUGCUGUGGCGGGGGCUGACGCAGGCUGAGGCCUGGCUGGCCUCCCGAGAAACCAUCCUCCUGGAUCCCAGCUGUGGGACAUCAGUGACGGAUGUGGAAUUGCUGCUCCGCAGACACCAGGACUUAGAGAAGCUGCUGGCUGCCCAGGAAGAAAAGUUUGCCCAACUACAGAAGACAGAGAUGGAACAGCAGCUGCUAUAGGAGACACAGGGGUGGAAACCUGGAGUUGACAGCCAGCUGGUGGCCUUUCAGUGGAGGCUCUUGGGACAUGGAGGUGGGACAGGAGCAUAGCUGGCUAAGAUGAGGGACCUGCAGCCAGGUGAUGCAAAGGAUGUCCCCAUCGUGGAGGAGUCUUUAGAGCUUAAGCAACAGCUCCUAUCAGUGGGAAGGCAGAGCCCCACGAGCUCCUGGGACAGCUAUCAUGGCAUCUUGCGGGGUGGCUCCCUGAGCCUGUUCUUAGAUGAGAGGAUGGCAGCAGAGAAAGCAGCUUCCACAGCCCCCCUUGACCUUCUGGGAGGAAGCCAGUGUGAGAGGCUGAGGGACUACCAUGGCAGAAAACACUCUUUCUCCUCCAGGCUGAGCGGCAGGGCAGAGAUCCUGUUUGCAGCACCAUCUGAAGAGCAGGCUGAAAGCAGGCAGCGAGCUGUGAGCAGCGUGGCAGGCCAGAAUCUGAGCCCAGAAUUCAAAGCCAAUCCUGUUGACUCUCCAGUUGAGGGCGCUGCUGAGAAGGUGCAAAGCACAGCUGCCCUGCUCAGGGAUCAGUCCACACCCCUUGCACUGGGGGAGACCCUGAAGAUGAUGGGCCCUGCAGAUGGAGCUGCACAAGGCUCCCAGAGCCUUUCCUGUUCUGGCCAGCCCUGUGAUCUGGGCCUUGAUGAGAACCCCAAGACAGCUACAAGCAAGGACACCUCUAGGGGACCAAAAUGA